AAUUAGAGUCUAGUUAUAGUGUUUCCUGAGUUCAUGAACUUCCUCAAUUAUUGUGGUCAAUCCCGAAAAAAUGGUCAAUGGAGUUUGGUAAUGACCUUGUGCAGAGCCAGUGGAAGCUGGCCACAUUGCGACAGCUGGAAGAGGUGGUUAAGAGGGAGGGAGCACCUCUGGAUGUCAAGCAUCCACAGUUGACGUCGCUACUGGCUGGUCUACAAUCUCACUCCGCUCACACCACACUCACAUGCUCCACCAUCCUCACAACAGCCGUUACUCAGAAGUGGGUGGAGCCAGGCCUCCUAAUCCCCGCCCUUGUAUCGGCCACGCUCACCACCCCCCACCCCACUCACACCAUUCAUGCCAUAGCGGAGGUACUCCUACACCAGGCCAAUCUGAUGUCCAAGGGGGGAAAUCUUAGAUGCCCCUUCUCAUUAAGGUCAAAUGUUCAUCCGUUCAUCUUCGUCUAUACCACAUCCCCUGACAACGGUGUGAGCUUAGUGGACGAAAUUGUGAGCAUGCUCAACACAAGUCGUGCUAGACGGUGUACUCUGACAAUGACCGAGCCGUUCAUCAAGUACAUUCUCCUCCACCCCACCCCCUCCCCUCAGAUGAACCUCGUCUCACUUUACCUCGGCAAUAAGUUGGUGGGCUUAGUCAGAAACUGGCAAAUGAAACAAGAAGAAGACACUUCCUUGUUUGAAACAAGCAAUGCUCUUGUUUCCCUCUUAGUGCGAAUGAUUCCACUCGGUACUAGCCAGUCAACUGCCGAUUUAUUAUCUCUUGUCUCCAUGGCAACUCAAGUGGCUGACAUCACAAAGGAUUCAGACGGAAUGAUGGUUGAUAUCCUCCUGUCAUUAAUGAGUGAGCUAACGAGCAGGGGUUUCCCCUCAAUCCAGCUGAUCGAGUCACUGUGUUCACUGACAGAGAGAAGUGAUGAGUUUGGUAGUGUGAGUCACACCCUGACUGUCAGUGCCCUCUUAUUCAAGUCCCUCCCAGUGCCUCAGGCCGUUUGUGGACUACUCAAACUGUGUGACCGGAUAUUGACUAAGGUCACUGCCUCGUCUCUCCUCUUGGUACUUCCUCUCAUUCAGUUGCUCUCACAGCCAGCUACCAAGUCAUCUGACCUCGUUUCGACUAAUCAGAAAACAGCUGCAGCUCUCCUAGCACGUAUUGAAGACACCCCAUUAUCUGAAACCACACCUCACAACAAAGCCGCAUGUUGUGUAUUCUCUCAGGCUCACUCUCUAGGGGAGCUGUACCUUGACCUUUGUGCCAAUCCGACGAAAAUUGUUCCAUUUUUAAAGUUAUUUGCAGGGCAAUGUUUAAAGGGCUUAUCAAACUACGAUCACCUGUGCAUUGUGUUAUGUGCCCUUGCUGUGAUGGUUGUGAGGGGGGUGGAGGGGGCGGAGUGUGUGAGAGGGAUACUGUCAACUUUGACCUCCAUUGCACAGUGCGAUCCAACCAUGGGUCCUUCUCUGCUGCCAUUCUUUAUUCAUUUACUAUCUCUGAGCUCCUGUCCUCAUUCCAAACUGGCUGUACUCCAUUCCAUUCCAAACCUGGCCACUCACAAACUAACUACUUCCUCGAUUCUCAGUACACUUCGAGUCAUAGGGGGAAAUCCCUCACUGGUUUCCAUGGCUACCAGGCUCUUUGGUUGGACUUGGGAGAAACAAGAUCACGUAUUUCCAUCACUUUUGGAAUAUAUAACUCAGCCGUAUCCUCGUGUCUCCAUGGCAACUCGCUCGGAGAUUGAACUUUCACGUACAGCUGUGGUUAGAGACAUCUGUGCCAAGAGAGCUGAACUGCAUGGAGAGACUAUGUUGAGUGUUAUCAAUGGAUGUAUUGGGUCACAUGAUCCCGUCGUUGUGUCCAUGGCAAUCCAAGGGCUCACUGAAGUGUGUCGAUGUGAGGUGGUGGAGGUGUCCACACUGUGGAGGGUGGUGGGUUACAAGCUGGACAAGGACAUCAGGCCAGUAGUGAUGAUAGCUCUGUGCUCUCUGUUUGGACUGGCUGCUGACAUUCAAGACUCUGACAAACACUCACACAAAGUGUUCAAGACCGCGGCUCUAGAGUACCUCUUCAGUGCAUUACUGUCGGGUCAUCCAAAAGUCUGCUCUGCUGCUCUCAUCUCACUGUCCUCAUUCCAGAUGACGGACCUCCUCUUUACCCUCCUCCCAGGACAUCUCCAGUCACAUGAUCAACUCUCCGAGUCACAUGAUCAGUCAUGUGACAUCCUAGUGACUGGUGAACAACUCGUCAGUUUGUUUCAAACCAUUCCACAGGAGUCUUUUCUCGACCACGCCCACUUCCUGUCCAGCAUGCUCCGACAAGAGCUGGAAAGUAUUGGACGAGGGACAAUAUCCACUGCUCUGAAACAAGCACAGAUGCCCAAUCAAACUGACAAGGUAUUGAGUAUGCUCACAACCUCAUUACUUCAGAGCUCUACUCCGCCAUACAACGACUGGAUGACUGCAGUGGCUGCUUUAUCUCUCGGAGAGAUUAAGGUUCAAGGUUCAUCUGGUGGUCGACAAGUCACACAGCAGCUGUUGUCCGAGCAGCUGUCACUGAUGGAGAGUACACUACAAGGGUGUGUGACUAGUGUGGUGAGUGACAUGUGUGAGCGGCUAGCUGGACUGGAGGCAGGAAAGAAUUGGAAGAAGUUCAUGGCUGGUUUGCUGUCGCUACAUACACAGACAUUUCUGAGGGAUCAGCGAUUGUUAAGUGUGGAGGAGAAGGAUGCAUCCACUGAGGACUGCCUGAGGGCUCAUGGUUGGGCUCUCUCUCAGGUCAUGAAAAGUCUCGAGCAAUUUGUCAGGGAUCACCCAAAGAGUGCUGGAGGUGUAUUGACAGCAUUUGUGGCCGUAGUUUCAAGCAAUAUGAGCUAUUUGAUUGGUCAACCUGAUCACAUGACGAAAAGUAUCUACCUUUCGGAGAGUUUGGGGAUACUAAUGGAACAGCUGGAUCUACUUACAGAGCUGGUAUCACCCGCCACAUCUCACACACCCCUCACAUCACACACCACUCUCACAACUGUGUUGCGCACGGAGAUGAAUCGGCUCCAGCUGGACGUUUGGUACGCUCUUCCUGUGCUCGUGGAAGUGUGUGUUGUGCUAUACGUGGAGGGCUGGAGUGCGGAGGGUGUGCUCGAGAGAAAGCUGGUCAGACUGGCUAAAAACCUGUUAUCCUCGUUUAGCAAAUCUUCAAUUUGGCAUGUAACAGAUCUAGAAGUGGUUAAUCAGAUAUUGCUGCAGCUGCUGCCUUUAUUCAGUGAGGUUAGUGUGGCUAUGGAACAGCUGGUGGGCAGUCUCAUGCAAGACAAGAGUGUGGACUCUCUCUGUCGAUUCUCUACACUCCUCCCCUCGCUGGUUCUGAGUCGGCGUAGCUCCUCGUUUAAGGCUGUGAUGUCAUCACUCACACAAAAGUUGCCUACUACGAACACAGAUGCCCUAACGUUUAUUCAAGCCAAGAUGUGUUGUGCUCACCUGACCUCUGGGUUGGUCACAGGAUAUACGAAUGGUUGUCUGACUGAUGAAGAAGCGAUGGAUUUAGUCGGCUUGAUUGCUGACUUGGCUACCAGAGCACCUCAAGAGGCCGUCUACACAUUGUGUUUGGGUGGGGCACUGUACAGUCUAGCGGACAUAGGCCACUCUCCUGCCCUGUCUCUCUGUGAUACUCUGGCAGUUCGAUGGCUCAAGGAACUGGAGGAGGCCGCUAAUAGCCAACAACAAAAUCAGGUGAUUCCAUUGCUGUGGGGACUCUCAGCUCUUCUUGGUGUCUCUGUUGGGCUCCGUCCAAUCAGACUCAGAGCCAGAGGGCAUUCUGGUUAUAUAAGGAUGCUGUGUCCGCUGGUGGUUCAGUCGUUUAAGAGAGUUCAGAGUUCGUUUUCUGAAGGGAGAGUUACUAGUACAACACUGUGGCUGCUGACUCAGAUCAGGGAACACCUUGUGGAGUAUUUCAGUGGCCUUGAGAAAGUGCCUCAGGACUAUAGCUAUCUCCCCUCAUCUUCACUCCUGCCCAGCCUGUAUCGGCUACUAGAUGGUUGCCAUGCGGACUCUGAUCAUCAGCACAUGAAAAUUGCCGUUGUGGAGACUGUGUCUACAUGUGAGGCUGACCUACCACCUUGUAACUGGUCACGGCUUGUUGUACCGUAUCUACGAAAUGAACUUUGUCAGAGUGGAGGUGAUGGGGAAGCCAAGAGUGCUGGGUGCGUGCAGAGAGCUACUGGAUUCAAGCAGCUGGCUCUGUAUUAUACACACCCUCUGAUACUCGGCAGUUUGAAGCAUGAGACCUUUCGUGCUCUACUGGAUUCUCUCCCGCUACUAGUGAGGCCACUGUCCACUCUCUCCCUCGGCUUGUUCCUCCACACCACCCUCACGUCCUCACACCAUCACACACCCACACAACUCAUGCUCUCACUGCUGAGAGGGAUUCGUAAAACUCUUACGGACACUACCCUUCCUGUCAUAAAGAAGAGGGUAUUGUCUUUGUGUGUAGAGAAUGCGUACAAGAAGCUGCUCAGCUCUAGCUGGCAUGUCUACAGUGAACUGGUUAAUGAGAGUCUACAGGAGAAGGAGACUUUAUUAUGGCAACUGGCCGUGUGCUUGCAUCAGUGUGGCUUGACAAAUCUCCCCUUAAAAAAUCAGGAAAUGCUUGAUCAUUGCUAUGCUACUGCUGUGGAAUGCUAUCUAGCUAUGCAAGGCUUAACGACAUUCAUCUCUUUGGAGCGUGUGCUGGGUUGGGCCCUGCAAAACACAGAGGAUCCAAGAGCCGCCCCCUCGUCUCUUCUCCUACUGAGAGCGUUCUCCACAUGCUGUUCACAUGCUAACUCAAACAGUACACUCCAUCAGGUUGACGCACUGCACAUGCUCCUCUCCUGGACACGGGGCAAUCAGGUCUCUUUCAAUCAAAUGUCAACGACUUUACUUCUAGCACAUGUUGCCACGACAACUCUGAGAACAACCGACUCCUUCACCGCUCUUAUAUCCUCGUUAAACCAAUCUAAGGCAGUUACUGAACAAUUGGGGAUACUUUAUUCUGAUUGGACGGAGCCUAAAUCAUCUGCUGUACGGAAGAAGCUUUGUGAGUGUCUGGUGGAGUGGCUCGGACAAACAACAAGUGUGCAGCUCAAGAACACAAUUAUAGGAAUAUUCUCAAAGUUGAAGACGAGUGCAGAGUAUCAGGUGCCCCUAAUAUGGACGUCCAUAGGUCACCUCAUAUAAGACAGCUCAAAGUCGACUUGUUGUUGACUGAAUAUUUCUCUAUCAUGAAUUUUAUUGCUAUAGAAUUUUACGCAUUCCAUUUCCAAAAAAGUGAUCUAGCUGUGAA